AUGCUAACAGCCACCUUCCCUAAAGCUUAUCGCGGUCUUCACUGUUUCCGUGUGUUUUCCAUUUUCAAAGGCGUUCACUUUCAGUCCCUCGUGCGUCAUGCAACUGAAGAGGGACCUCUCCAUCAACAUGAGACGCUUCCUCUCAAGCAGUUCCUCCCAUCGACGGAACAUACCACGACACUUCUCUGCCCCCCACCCACACACCUGAAUAUGCUCCAACAGGCACCGUUAUCCCGUGUAAGCCCGCUUCUUGGGUCUACUCAAAAGGUAUUUCCUUUCAUCUGGAGUGGCAUAAUGGAGCCCAGUGCCCUUUCUUUAGUUUUUAGCGCCCACUAUUGGCAUGAGACUGGCCUCUUUCACUAUGUUUUCCCCAUCUGCUAA